UUCCGAUUUCUGCUUUCUCCUCCGUCAUGCGUCACGUGAACGAGGACGAUAUCGUCGUUGGAAUCCGUUGUUUACGUGAGAGAUGAAAGGACAUGGCUACUGCUAGUAACAUGGAUACAAGAACAUGCUUGAAAAGUGCUAACCGAGGAUCCAAUGUGGACCUCGAAGAUACUUUGCAGAGGGAGCUCGAAUUGUUGCGUCAGCAGCAUCAUAACCGGCAAAUGAUUGGCCGAGACCGUGACUUUGAUCCACACAGGAGUGGCAGCGCUCCUCCGACGGUCGAGGGUUUGCUGAGAUCCAUGGAUAGUCAGUUUCUGAGCUCUGAGUUUACAGAUGUUAGCAACUUAACCGGUAGUAGCAAUGGGAUUGGGCUUAUGUCUGAUGAUGAGUUACGUUGGCACCCUGCAUAUCUUUCAUACUACUAUUCGAAUGACCAUUCCAAUCCCAGGCUGCCUCCUCCGUUGUUGUCCAAAGAGGAUUGGCGGGUUGCUCAAAGGUUUCAAAAUAGCGAGUUGUUGUUUGAUCCAGUUGGGGAAUGGAAGAAGAAGGCGGUGGAAGCUGAUAACUCAUCGCUCUUCUCGGUUCAACCAGGGAUUCCAGCCGAGCAGGCAGAGAACGAUUUGAUUGAACUGAGGAAUGCUGUGGCUCAGAGACACUCUCAGAAGACGAUACAGUGGCUAGACCGAGGCACCGAAGGGUUAAUUGGAUUAUCAGGGGCUUCUGGACUUGGACCGAGAAGGAAGAGUUUUGCUGAUAUACUUCAGGAAGGACUUGAUCGUGAUGCCUCUUUAUCUAGCCAACUCUCUCGCCCUGCGAGUUGCAACACUUUCCGGGGUGUGAGAGAUCCAGCUGUUAUAUCUAAUUUCAAUCUCGGUGGACUUCACAACGAAUUAGAGCCCUAUGAAGCAAUGCAUUCUAGAGCAGCUCCAAAUUUGAGUUCUCCAGUGCCAAGGAAUAGAACUCCUGAAUCACAUCUAGCAGGACGAUCUUCGAUCCCUACUCUUCCUCCUAUUGGUACCAGAGUCAUCGGUCCAAUUGAUAAGAAACACAAUGUUGGCUCAACCAUCCAGAAUUGUGAAUCUUACAUUGAGGCUGAGGUCUCUGAAGCUGCUGCUACAUUGUCUAGGAUGAACAUGUUGGACAUUAGGCAUGCAAAAGAAAACCAUGUUCAGUCACAGCUUAAGAUUGAACUGGACAAUCGAUCUGAUCUUAUGUUCAACUCACCCAACGGACAUGCGAAGGCUCUGCAGCUACACGAUCUUGAGAAACCCAAGUCCAAUGAUCACUUGUUUUCUGCAAAUUAUGGUGGAUCGAUGAGUGGAUAUGGAGAAAACUUUGGUGCUUCUAUGGUAAAUGCCCAUGGACAGGUCAACAUUCCUAAAAGAACUUCCUCUUCUGCAAAUCUCUACUCUAUUACAGAACCUUCUGGGUUAGGAAGCCUGGGGGUAUCUGAUGUUCAUAUCCAUGAUGCAAACAUUAAUGGAGCAGACUUCUCCAGAACUGGUGCUUAUUUUGCAAAUCACAAGUUAAAUUCAUUGCCUGAGAAUUAUCUCACCGAAGGAUCACAUUUGACUGGUGAAAGAGAUAGACGAAGCAUGAAUGGAGUGAUAAAUCAAGUUGCUUCUGACUUUCCCCAUCCAGUUUCAGACCCACGUUUUUCUCGGUAUACCCAAAGAACUAAGUAUACAACUUCUGCCACUUCCGCACCAAACGAUCAUCCAUUUCUUAGAAACAAUGUCGGGACUUCACUUGGUGAUCCGGAUAAUGAAUGCCUCGCUAUGUUGCUUGCUCAGAAUAGGCAACAACAGUUGGGUAACUUCAGUGCCCUAAGCUCUAGAUUAUUCGAGAGUCCUUCAUACGAUGUAAGCAGCAUGUAUCUAGGAAACCAUUUGCCCACCCCUUCCAAAAACUCGAGAAAUCUUCAAAAUAUGCGCUCAAUGAUGAAAUCUCCUUUCGGAGGAUCACAUCAUUUGUCAUCCCGUAUAGAUAUCAGCAGUAUGGCAGAAGCCGAAUAUGCACCAUCAUUACUAGAUGAGUUCAAGAACAAUAAGACGAGAUCUUUGGAACUAUCAAACUUAGGUGGUCAUGUGAUUGAGUUCAGCAUGGAUCAAUAUGGAAGCCGUUUCAUUCAGCAAAAGCUGGAGACUGCAACCGUGGAGGAGAAGAACUCGAUAUUCCCCGAGAUUAUUCCUUAUGCACGUACCUUAAUGACAGAUGUCUUUGGAAAUUACGUCAUACAGAAGUUCUUUGAGCAUGGCACUGAAAGCCAGAGAAAAGAACUCGCCGAGCAACUUACAGGCUAUGUUUUACCUCUCUCUCUUCAAAUGUAUGGCUGUCGGGUUAUCCAGAAGGCAUUGGAGGCGGUUGAUGUAGAUCAACAAACUCGGAUGGUGCAAGAGCUAGAUGGAUCAGUCACGAAAUGCGUUCAUGAUCAGAACGGUAAUCAUGUGAUCCAAAAGUGUAUAGAGUGUGUUCCCCAAGACCGGAUACAGUUCAUUAUCUCAGCUUUCUAUGGGCAAGUUGUAGCUCUUUCAAGCCACCCUUAUGGCUGUCGUGUCAUCCAGAGAGUCCUGGAACAUAUCGAUGAUGCAGAAACUCAGCAGAUCAUUAUGAAAGAAAUCAUGCAUUCAGUCUGCACUCUAGCACAAGAUCAGUACGGGAAUUAUGUUAUUCAGCAUGUCAUACAACACGGUAAGCCUCAUGAACGGUCAGAAAUCAUCGGCAAACUAGCUGGACAGAUCGUGAAGAUGAGUCAACAGAAGUUUGCAUCAAACGUUGUGGAGAAAUGCUUAACAUUUGGUGGACCAGAAGAACGCCAGAUUCUGGUGAAUGAAAUGCUCGGCUCCACUGAUGAAAACGAGCCUCUUCAGGCAAUGAUGAAAGAUCCAUUCGGGAACUACGUAGUGCAAAAGGUUCUCGAGACAUGCGAUGAUCGAAGCCUUGAACUCAUUCUGUCUCGUAUCAAAGUCCACCUGAACGCGUUGAAGAGAUACACUUACGGAAAACACAUUGUUGCUCGCGUCGAGAAACUUAUCACCACAGGAGAACGACGGAUUGGACUCUCAUCCUCUCUCGCUGCUACUGCCAUUCCCGAGCCAUCCGACUAACAAAGCAGCAAGGCAAAGGAUGUCUCCCCCACUGAGACUGACCAUCUUCUCUAGCAGCGGCAAUAAGUGUAAAUAAAUAGAGAAGUUUAAUAAUGGUUUUUGGAAUAACUCUGCUUUGAGCGUCUUUUACUGGCUGUAAGACGGAGCUCCUGCUAUUCAGUUUCUUGUAAAGCAUGCCUCUUGGUUUCA